AUGGGACCACAUGAGUUGGACCUUUUCUUCAAACGCCUAUUUGCACUCCGUUGCCCAAAGGUCAUCAUACUUCUGGUGCUAUUGGUAAGCUGGAUGGAAGAUGAUGAGGGCACCCAAAUGGAGUAUGGACUUAUUGAAUAUUUCUCUGGAGUUGGGCGGGUAGCUCAAAUGGCGGAGAUGGGGGGUAUUCAUGCUGUGGCAUAUGAUUUUGAGUACUCAAUGCCUAAAGUUGGCAAGCGGCGUAGCAUGGACAUGAACUCGUCUGCAGGCCUUGUGCUAGCAAUCAAGCUCAUACUUCGGUCACGCUUCAACCAGCUGGUGUCUCUGUUUGCGACAUGCUGUAGCAGUUGGACACCUGUAAACAGAGGAACCGGUAAGAGGUGCAUUAUCACGCCGCAUGGAGAUGAACAAGUUCCUUCUGUUCGCAAAAGCAACAAACUCGUGUCAAGGUCAGUGAUUCUUAUGCUUUUGACCGUGGCUUCUGGUGGAACCAUACUACUGGAAAAUCCAUCCAACUCUUUGAUUGCUCUUCACGAUCGAUAUGUGUGGCUUGUACAACUUUUGUUGUCAUUUCAAAUCUACAUGUACAAGACCGCCUUCUGGAUGAAGAAACAUGGUGGCAUGACGUGGAAACGAACUUGGAUGUGGGGCUCGUCCCCCCAUAUAGAAUGCCUUGACCUGGGACCAUUGUUGCCCGCAGAGAAGCCCACAGAGGUCCGCACCACCAAAACAUGGAUUGACAAGGACGGAAAGAAGAGGUGGCAGGGGACUGACCAGCUCAAGGGAACACAGCGGUACACUUAUCGCUUUGCUGCCAAUGUGAUAAGAUUGGUUCCCCACUUCAUUGCUGCCAAGCCCUAUGAAGCCUUGCCUCCCGUAUCAAAGGACCAUACCGUUUUGGAGCUCUUCAAUAUGGCCUCCUAUGAGGAUACGUGGGAUCCAUGUUGUGACUUGGAGGAUGUUCUUAUUUACCUUCGGGGGAGCAAGAGACUCCGCAUUCCCAAUGAUGCCUGGAGGGCAGCUUUGCCCAAGCGCCUUCCGCUGGGAUGA